AUGACUGCCAAACCAAGUCAGGUGCCCCAGUUCACAUUAGGAACUAUCAUUGUACCCAGUGCUAAUCACAGAGUACACAGUGUUCAGGUUGUACCUGAUAGUGAUCACAGUGAACACAGUGUUCAGGUUGUACCUGAAACUGAUCACAGUGAACACAGUGUUCAGGUUGUACCUGAUACUGAUCACAGUGAACACAGUGUUCAGGUUGUACCCGAUACUGAUCAGAGUGAACACAGUGUUCAGGUUGUACCUGAUACUGAUCACAGUGAACACAGUGUUCAGGUUGUACCCGAUACUGAUCAGAGUGAACACAGUGUUCAGGUUGUACCUGAUACUGAUUACAGUGUUCAGGUUGUACUUGAUACUGAUCACAGUGAACACAGUGUUCAAGUUGUGCCUGAUACUGAUCACAGUGUACACAGUGUUCAGGUUGAACCUGAUACUGAUCACAGUGUACACAUUGUUCAGGAUGUACCUGAUACUGAUUACAAUGUUCAGGUAGUACCUGAUACUGAUUUCAGUGUUCACAGUGUUCAGGUUGUACAUGAUACUGAUCACAGUGUACACAGUGCUCAGAUUGUACCUGAUACUGAUCACAGUGUAUACAGUGUUCAGGUUGUACCUGAUACUGAUUACAGUGUUCACAGCGUUCGGGUUGUACCAGAUAAUGAUCACAGUAUACGCAGUGUUCAGGUUGUACCUGAUAUUGAUCACAGUGUUCAGGUUGUACCUGAUACUCAUCACAGUGUACACAGUGUUCAGGUUGUACCAGAUACUGAUCACCGUGUUGUACCUGAUACUGAUUACAGUGUUCACAGCGUUCGGGUUGUACCAGAUAAUGAUCACAGUAUACGCAGUGUUCAGGUUGUACCUGAUACUGAUCAUAGUGUCCACAGUGUUCAGGUUGUACCUGAUAUUGAUCACAGUGUUCAGGUUGUACCUGAUACUCAUCACAGUGUACACAGUGUUCAGGUUGUACCAGAUACUGAUCACCGUGUUGUACCUGAUACUGAUCACAGUGAACAGAGUGUUCAGGUUGUACCUGAUACUGAUAACAGUGUACACAGUGUUCAGGUUGUACCCGAUACUGAUCACAGUGAACAUAGUGUUCAGGUUGUACGUGAUACUGAUCACAGUGUACACAGUGUUCAGGUUGUACCUGAUACUGAUUACAGUGUUCACAGUGUUCAGGGUGUACCUGAUACUGAUUACAGGGUUCACAGUGUUAAGGUUGUACCUGAUACUGAUUACAGGGUACACAGUGCUCAGGUUGUACCUGAUACUGAUCACAGUGAACACAGUGUUCAGGUUGUACCUGAUACUGAUUACAGUGUUCAGGUUGUACCUGGUACUGAUUACAGUGUUCAGGUUGUACCUGAUACUGAUUACAGUGUUCACAGUGCACCUAAUACUGAUCACAGUGUAGACAGUGUUCAGCUUGUACAUGAUACAGAUCACAGUGUACACAGUGUUCAGAUUGUGCCUGAUACUGAUUACAGUGUUCACAGUGUUCAGGUUGUACCUGAUACUGAUUACAGUGUUCAGGUUGUACCUGGUACUGAUUACAGUGUUCAGGUUGUACCUGAUACUGAUCACAGUGUUAACAGUGUUCAGAUUGUACCGGAUACUGAUCACAGUGUUAACAGUGUUCAGAUUGUACCGGAUACUGAUCACAGUGUACACAGUGUUCAGGUUGUGCCUGAUACUGAUCACAGUGUACACAGUGUUCAGGUUGUACCUGAUACUGAUCACAGUGUACACAUUGUGCAGGCUGUACCGGAUACCGAUUACAGUGUUCAGGUUGUACCUGAUACUGAUUACAGUGUUUACAGUGUUCAGUUGUACCUGACAAUAAUCACAGUGUACACAGUGCUCAGGUAA